AUGUCUUACGAAAUCCAGUACGACACCUCCCUUGCCCCGCCCCGCGCGGCCGCCAUCGUCAACUUCAUGCAAGACUUCUACCGCACCAGCGACACCGAGUCAUUGCACGAUAAAUAUGUCGAAAGCUUCACAAGCGAUGCAACUCUGAUCAUGGGACCUAAGGAGGGAAAGGGUAGUGAUGCGAUUCGGACUAUUCGACACGGUCUCUGGACUCAUGUAGCGUCGCGGAAACACACUCCCACCCGGAUUUUCUUCAGUGGAGAGAAUGAGAUCAUGCUCUACGGCGGAGUGAACUACCGUCUUAAGGCUAACCCUGAGAAUGACGUUUAUAUUCCGUGGGCUGGACGGGUUGUGUUUGCCCCACAGCAAGAGAGUGAGGUCGUUAAGAUGCAAUUUUACCAGGUUUAUUUGGACCCGUCUGCGCAAUCUGGAAAGAAAUAA